CUCACUCGAUUCAAAAUUCUUCCAUCUAUAAAUUUCUUUGUUUUCUUUGUUUUCCUUCACUCUAUCAAUACAAUCCAUCUCCAGCCACAAACCAAAACUUGAUCCUAAAUAUGGCUUUCCGAUGCUUAAUUCUGACCUUAGCUCUGGCAUUAUGUUAUGUGGUGUCACCUGUUUACACUCAAAUUAACACUCCAUGCACCCCAUCAAUGAUAACUACCUUCACUCCAUGUUUGAACUUCAUAACCAAUAGCACCACAAACGGAAGUUCUACACCAACCUCCGAUUGUUGCAAUUCUCUCAAAUCCAUCACAAGUAGUGGCACAGAUUGUCUCUGCCUAAUUGUUACAGGCAGCGUACCCUUCCAAAUUCCCAUCAACCAGACCCUUGCCAUCUCUCUGCCACGUGCAUGUCGCAUGCCCGGUGUGCCUCUUCAGUGUAAAGCUGCUGCAGCAGCUCCUAUUCCUUCUUCGGCAGGGCCAGCUCCAUCUCCAGGAAGUAGUUCUAAUGUACCAGAGACGAUGACACCAACCUCAGCACCUGAAUCAAAAACAACACCAACUUUGGCACCACAAUCUGAUAUGACACCAGACUUAUCGCCACCAUCUACCGGUGUGGACACUACCAAUCAAGGGAGUCGUCCCACCGUAACACCGUCAGCUGCUGCUUCCAAUUAUGUCUAUUCACCGUUUAUUCUAGUUGGGACUGGAGUAACCUUCAUAGGGUAUUUAUUGUUCUAGAGAGAGGAUUUCUCAUGUAGUCAUCUUCAUAUGGUUUAUCAUUACAUUGUAUUUAAAAUUAUUCUUUGAGU